AUGUCGCAACGAGUCUCUCAGAUCGCCGGCCACCUUUCGGGUCCCGCGCCUCUCCUCAAGGAUCAGGUCGCUAUCGUCACCGGUGCUGGUCAGGGUAUCGGUGAAGCCACCGCCAAGCUCUUUGCCAGCCACGGUGCUCACGUCGUCGUCUCGGACCUUGACGCCAAAAAGGCCCAGGAUGUCGCCUCUCAGAUCACCAAGGCCGGCGGUUCGGCCAUUCCUCUUGCCGGCAACGUGAUGGACAAGGACUUUGGCGAGCGGGUCGUCAAGGCUGCCGUCGACAAGUGGGGCAAGCUCAACAUCAUUGUCAACAACGCCGGCUUCACUGCGGACAAGAUGGCACACACCACCGACGACGACACGUUCCAGCUGAUGCUCGAGUGCCACAUCACCGCGCCCUUCCGCAUCAUCCGUGCUGCUGCGCCCUACUUCCGCAUCAAGGACGAGAGCAAGCGCGAGAACAUGGCCAUCGUCAAUGUCUCGUCCACCUCGGGCACCCACGGCAACGUCGGCCAGGUCAACUACUCGGCUGCCAAGUCCGGCGUGUUGGGUCUCACCAAGACCAUGUGCAAGGAGUGGGGUCCCUUCGGCGUCCGUGUCAACUGCGUCGCUUUCGGCUGGAUCAACACGCGUCUCACCCAGGCGAAGGAGGCCGGCGCCUCCAUCGAGAUCGGCGGCAAGAAGAUCGCCCUUGGUAUCCCAGGCCGUCCCGCCGCUGGCGACUCCAAGUCGUCGUCGGUGACUGCGGUGGCUGAUAUUCCUCUGCGCAGGCCAGGUGACGCCGAGGAGGCCGCUGCUUCGAUUCUGUUCCUCGCCAGCCCCCUCGCUUCGUACGUCUCGGGUCAGAUCCUCGAGGUUACUGGUGGCCGAGGUAUCUGA